UCAUUUAGCGAGAGAACGCCUUUGUGCAGAAACUGAGGUCUCAUCGGGAUUUCACACACGUAUAAUGAACUAAUUUCACAGCUUUUUUUUAGCUCACGAUCGCUGUUCCAUGACUAAAACAACGCAAGAAAUCCGAGUAUGGUCUUAAGUGCCACUGCGACUUGUUUCCUGAAUGCAAUGUGGCACUGGUAACGUUUUGUGACGUUCGACACUAAUUAUAGGUUGUGCUGUUGAGGUAUUAGGUUCCCAAAGUAAGAGCUCUUCUGGAUGGUUUCCAUGAGAACAGUAGUAAAAUGAAAUUAGACAAAAAGAUCAUCCUAUUUGCGUGCGAUCGUAAGGCAAUUUGGCACGUUAACAAGUACGUGCUGUCAACCCUACGCAAUGUGAUAUUACGCUUGCAAACAAGCUUGUUUCUUGUUGUGAUAGCAAUAAGUUAAUGUGGAGUCGCUGCAUGGCUCCCUCCAAAAUUUCGUGAAAGAUGAGUACGAGAGGAUCCCAGUGGAAGGAUUUAAGACUCGCAACGGUCUCCUCCGCCAAGUUUAGGCAAUCAGUGGCACCUAGUGUAGUAGGAUCACUAAAUGAAAAAGAUGAAAAAAACAAAAAGGCCAAACUGCCCAUUGUUAUCUGGCCUGAGUGGACAGAACAAGACAUUGGCCAAGAAAAAUGGGACACAUCACACAAAGCGAAAGAAAAAGAAAAGGGCAAAAGUCCAAAUCUGCAUCCUUAUGAAGAUCCUGAAGGAAGAAUAGAUUUACCAUCUUCAAUUAAGUCUUUUGUGGAUCACUGGAAGAAACCUGUCGAGUUUAUGCUGGAAAAGUCACCAGUUGUGGUUGAUCCAAAAAGUUUGACAGAAGAGAUAGAUUUGCUUUCAGUAAAUGAUCAUUUGACGAAUAGUGAGCUGCUUCGAUGUAUUAUAGGCCAGGUGAUGUGCUUAUGGAAACUUCACCUCAAAGUAGAACCGAUAGAGACUGUAAAAGGUUCUAAAGAUACCAAGGAGAGCAACAAAGGUGAUAAAGACAGGGACAAGGAGAAAGACAAAGAAAGAGGAGAGAAAGACAAAGAUGCUCUGCUAGAAGACAACACGUGGAAACCGUGGAAUCACAUCUGGCCAAAAGAAAAAACUAAAGGGAGUUCCCUUCCUGUUUAUAACCCAGGAGGAAAGUACUGUGUUAGAAUAUUUUGGAUGGGUACAUGGCGGAAAGUAACAGUUGAUGACUGGAUGCCAUUUGAUGAGGAUGGCAAACUUAUGUUACCUGCCUCACCUAAUGAGCAUGAACUAUGGCCUAUGUUGCUGUCAAAAGCUCUCAUUAAAGUGGCUUCAUUAGAUUAUGCUGGUGGUUAUAAUGGCUGUGAGUUUGGUGACUUCACUGUGGUUCAUGCCCUAACAGGCUGGAUGCCAGAGAUCAUCCCACUGAGAUGUGGUCAUACCGGGGAAAUCUGGAAACUGCUACUCCAAACAUUGCCUCGCUGGAAACUUGAGAACACUCCACCACCAGAGGAAAAGAAACAACCUACCACAGAAUGCAGAAAAAAGGACGACAAAGAUAAAGAGAGAAAAUCUACAAAGUCUGAAAAAAGUCAAGUCCCUGAGAAAGCUGAGAGAGACAAGGAUAAGACAGAGAAAGACAAGGCCACUCCAGCUGCAAAUCUUGUUGAAGUACCAAAGGAACCAGAGUUUGUUAUUUUUGCCAGUUACUCCCAUCCGCCCAAUAUGCCAAUGAGACAUUCUGUUCUUAAAGAAAUGGCUGAUGCAUCUGAGAAACUGCGACAGUCUGGUCUGUCACAUAACCACCCGCACCCUGUCAUGCUAACAACAGUGAGGGACUGUCCCCUGGUUCCUCCUCCGCCUCCGGUUCAGAUCCCUCGAUGGAGGCUCAUUCGGCAGAAGAAGAAAAAGCAGCCUGUGGAGCCAGCACUGACUCCCCCGGAGCCUCCUAAGGAUCCACAGUUCUUGGAAGUUGUAUCUCCUUUUCUUAAUCACAAAGUCAGCCCCAUACCUGUCAGCAGAGCGAGGACCCCUGUUAGGUGGAUAAAAUAUCGUCCUGAGAAGCCGAUGGGUGAAAUACUUGAAGAAGGUGAUAAGGACGAUGGAAAAAAGACAGAGGGUGGGGAGGGAGGUGAAACGAAAGAAGGGCUCAAUGAAGAUGGUACUGCUGUUAAAGAGGACGAAAAAUCCAAGAGUUCAACUCCAAGACUAGAGACCGAUGAACUCAAACCAGAUCAAGAAGGCAAAGAGAGUCGCGAAAACCUUCGAGACCGUCCAAGUAUCAAGGAUUCUUCUAAAUUAAAAGAGAGAGAAAAAUCAGCAAAAAGUGAUAAAGGAGAGAAAGAUAAAUUGCUUAAAAGUCCUGACAAAAGUGAUAAAAGUAGAAGUGGCAGUAAGCUGAGUGUUGUGGACAAACCAGAGAGAACCAAGUCGGGUGGUCUGUCGCCCAAGGGAAGUCGAAGAAUGUCAAGGAUGGAAAAACCCGGAGAUAUGAUCAAAACGCCGCCUGAAACGAGGCGAAUUUCACGAGUUGAAAAAGGAGUUAAGGUAGAACUGGAAAGGGACUCGUCGCACAAAGUGGAGACUAUUCGCGAAGAUGAACUGCCCGUGCUUGAUUUGCCUGGUUCUCUUGCUGAUGGGGACAAAACGCCUGGCGAUGGCACUGAGGGAGAAACAAUUAAUGACAAAACUGAUGGAGAUAAGACCGAGGAUGGUGAGAAGGUUAAAGAAAACAACAACAAAGACAAGAAAAUCUGGAUGGAUUACGCUGACUUUUGCAAAUGUUUUAGGCAUUUAUAUAUAUUCCACAAACCUAACACGUACAAUUAUAGCAAAGGAAGUUCUGAAUUAAAGAAUGUUGCCAUGACCAGUCAUGUUGGUAAAAAGUCAGGUCUGAUGCCAACCUCGUCAGUCACAGCAACCACGCCUUCACCAGGCAAGGCCACAGCGCUCAGUCCGUCACCAUAUCAUGGUUCCUUUGGGGGACAAAGUCAAAAUCAAGACCCUCCCCCACCGUUCCUGUUUGUUGAUAGUCUGAAACUCGUCGAAAUUGUGGUAAGCUUCACUGCGUUCUCCAGGUGGCUUGAUCCACCGCAGCCCAUUAUCAGAGAAAGGGACAAGGAGAAGGAAAAGGAUUCUAAUAGCGUAGUAACAGAUCCUAGGGAAACAACUCAGUUUGAGGAGAAACCGGUACCACCCACCCCAGGCCUACUCGUUGCGGAGCCUUACUCUUGGAAGAGCCUGGUGACGGGUCAGCCAAUUCUGCGCAUCCGCACUUCAGGCACCAAGGCAGCCGUUCUUGUUCUUCCGCCAGGGCGUCACGUGUUGAGAUUUCUUGUCCAAGCCUGUCACGGUUAUCACGUGGAAAUGGCUUCACAGACGCCAUUUGUUUAUGGAGACGAAGACACAGUAAUGGCUUGUCUUACAAAGGAAAGCUGUCGUUUCCUGGAGCACGCCAUGAAUGUGUUUCAGUCUGUUGGCAGUCUUGUUGGGUCGUUCGCUGAUCCUCCUGCAGACAGAAAGUUCGACUUGGAUCUUGGACUUAAAGAUCAAACGAAAGACAUUCAAGAUAGGCAUUACAAGGUUUUCAUGAGGUGUCUUCUAAAGAGUGUCAGAUUCCAUCUGGCCGAUUCUUACGAUUUAGCCAUGCACUUUGCCUGGAAAGCUUUUCAGUUCCAAGCCUCUCUCUGUCUGCAUCAGCGAGUCGGCCGCAGGCCCUUGUCAGCAGGGGAGAUCACGAGGAUCGGCUCAAUGACAAAGAAGCAGACCAUCAAGAGCGCAGGCGCAGUACCUCCUACUUGGGUGGAUCGUACAUCAAACAGUGACGAGGAAGCCGCGGCAACUAAAAUCCAGGCCACUUUCAGGGGCUAUUUCCUUCGGAAACUGGCACGAGCUUACGUGAAAGGUACCGACGAGCACCAGAAAGCAUGGGAGCUUCUCUCCAAAGCUUGGGGUGUUAUCGAACCUAACUUGGAGAGCUUUGCCAUUCAGAUCUUCAGGUUAAUGUUCAAACGGGAUUCAGAAUUGUUCCCUUUGUUUCCUUUCUUCAAAGACGAGUGGAGUCGCGUGGCGUACUCUGAUUACCCAGGAGGGUAUCCCGAGCAACCACCUCAAUCUUGGUUUGUGGUUUUUAGGGAAGUGUUCUUCGUUGAUGAGCCAGUGCUCAUGGUCCCUAAACUGUACGUUACCUUACCGACAUGUUUAUUGCGGGUUGUAGACAAUGACUCUGGGGAAGAACUGACCAGGGUCUUUCAGAAAGUUGCACCCAAUAACCUGAAGAAGAAUAAGCGUGGUUACACUUUUGUGGCUGAAGCAAGAACGCCAAACGCCAUUCUCCCGGCGGGAAAGUUUCGUUUGCGCGUGAUCGGUUCCACAGAACCCUUACCCUACCCUGGACGAGAGGGAGUGAACAGUCACUUUGUCACCAGGGAGAUCAGGGAUUAUUAUAUUCCAAACAAAUACAACAUCAUUUUUAGGUACACAGUCAAGGUCCAAGAGGAUCACAUGGCGAGCUUGCAGCUGGGGACGUCCAAACCAGACGUGUACAUCAAGCUACAGAUUUUGGAUCAUGAACAGGAGGUAUGUAGCACGACCGGGAAGAGUCACGCAGUCAUCCCUGCUUUCACUUUUUACCGUGAUCGUACAGGCGAUGAAGAUGAAAAACAAAGACGAGGUUCGCGCCCUCCUACCUCGUCCCACCCCCGCUCGGCCAAGAGACCUUCGUCAGGAAGCCGCAAAGCAGUAGCAUCUCCCAUGCAAGGGAAGGGUGGUAAGAAGAGUGGAAAGGAGUCUAGUAACUCCUCACGGCCAGGAUCAUCGCAGAAAGGCUCUCGGGUUCUCCUUUGCGACGACUCCGAAGACAAAGAAGACGAAGAAACCGAAGAUACAGAGCCCGAAAUCAAGAUGCACAAGUACAUAAUUCAGGCCCAGGUACUACGCGACAGUUGGCCGUUGUCCAAGAGCGCUUGGGAAUUUGUUGCCAUGGUCAUGAGCCUCGACAGACUAGAUGUUGAAGUACCCGCGGAAAGCGCCCCACGGGGAGAUAAACUAUCUGCAAGUGUGUCCAAAGGUAAGAAAAGCAAGGAAGGUAAAGAAAGUCGCUCGAGUAAGGGACAGGCUGGAUCAAGACCAUCGUCACAGCAACAAUUCGACUCCAGCAAACCUAAUUGGACACUCAGGAUCGUUUCUGAUGCGAGUGCUGAGGAGAUUGAGGUCAAGAAGGACACAGAAAGGCAAGAUGAAAUAAAGGCCAUGAAGCUAGCUUGGGAAGCCGCUGAACCGGGCAGAGCUGCGAAGGCUCAACAAAGCCGUCAAAAGUUUUUGAACGAACAUAUGGUUAAAAUGGGAAAAGAAGCAAUCGAGGAAGAGACCGGCGAUGAGGAGCAACAAGAAGAGAAAGAUGUUACUGCUUCGAGUGAAAUACUGACAGUGACGUCACCGGUGCAGUCUGAGUCAGAUCAAGGAGAAUUGACCUUAGUGCCACCCCCCAAGGAGCCGGAUCAUAUUCUCCAGCCACUUUCUCAACCUAAGACCAUCAGGUCACGAGGCGGAGUUUCCGUGUUGUUGGAUGAGGAAGAAAUAGAAAGAAGGCUGCUGGAACGAAAGGAAAUACUGCAAGCUUUUAAAGCUCAGCGUAAAGAAGUUGAAAACAGACGAGAGCAGGAUAGACUGGACAGAAACGCUGCUAAAGAGAGACAGUUACAGGAAGCCGAAGAACUACAGGCCGCUACCGACAAAUGGCGGAGCGAGGUCAACCAGAAACGGGAAGCGUACAGACAAAAGUUCUUAGAGGCGGAGAAACAGAAGGAGGAAGCGCAAGCGGCUGAGGCAGCGAAAGAAAGAGAACGAUCUCCGUCACCGAGUAAGGGUCGAAAGAGUGCUUCUACUGCCAAAGGGGGAAGGAAAAGUGCUCCCAAAGGAAAGAAAAAAUGAGCAGUGUUGCUUAUUUGGGCUGUUAGAUUUUCCGUUUUGUACAAAGACAGUUGUAAACGUGUUCAUCAAAUACGCUCGUCUUAGCGCCUUUUGGAACGUGCCAAAUUCCCAAAUAAACACUUGUCAUGUUUCCUUUCUCCCGUUCGCGCGCUUCCAUUUUAAAAUGUUAUAUUUAUUCAAAUUCUGGAGCACAAUGUGCUGAAGAAUAACUAUUUUUGUAUAGAAGCAAAGUUUGUGUACAGGAGUCCGUGACUAAUUAAAAAAUCAUUCUCAAA